UGCAGUUUGAGGGCAGUUCCGGUCGGGGAGACCACUUUGCGGCCCUCACAGACUUGGCCCCUAGCAGUGCGGAACUACAUGUCCCAGGGUUCCUUGCGAGCGUCCGUAGUCAAGUUGCCGGUGGAAUUGGCCCAGGAUGACAGCUGGAGAAUGGAGUCAGUUUUAUCUAAGUAUGAAAACCAGAUUACUAUUUUCACUGAGUACCUAGAAGAAUAUCCAAAUACAGAUGAGCUGGUAUGGAUCUUAGGGAAGCAGCAUCUCCUUAAAACAGAAAAAUCUAAGCUGUUGUCUGAUAUAAGUGCUCGUCUAUGGUUUACAUACAGAAGGAAAUUUUCACCAAUUGGCGGAACAGGUCCUUCAUCAGAUGCUGGUUGGGGAUGUAUGCUACGCUGCGGACAGAUGAUGCUGGCUCAGGCCCUUAUCUGUAGACAUUUGGGAAGGGACUGGAGUUGGGAGAAACAAAAAGAACAACCCAAAGAAUACCAACGCAUCCUACAGUGCUUCUUAGAUAGAAAAGAUUGUUGUUAUUCUAUCCAUCAAAUGGCACAAAUGGGUGUAGGAGAAGGGAAAUCAAUUGGCGAAUGGUUUGGACCAAAUACAGUUGCACAGGUGUUAAAAAAACUUGCUUUAUUUGACGAAUGGAAUUCCUUGGCUGUUUAUGUUUCAAUGGAUAACACAGUGGUCAUUGAAGAUAUCAAAAAAAUGUGCCGUGUCCUUCCCUUGAGUGCUGACACACCUGGUGACAGGCCUCCCGAUUCUCUGACUGCUUCAAACGAGAGUAGGGGCACCUCUGCCUACUGCCCAGCCUGGAAACCCCUACUGCUCAUUGUGCCCCUUCGCCUGGGCAUAAACCAAAUCAAUCCUGUCUAUGUUGAUGCAUUCAAAGAGUGUUUUAAGAUGCCACAGUCUUUAGGGGCAUUAGGAGGAAAACCAAAUAACGCGUAUUAUUUCAUAGGAUUCUUAGGUGACGAGCUCAUCUUCUUGGACCCUCACACAACCCAGACCUUUGUCGACACUGAAGAGAAUGGAACGGUUAAUGACCAGACUUUCCAUUGCUUACAGUCCCCACAGCGAAUGAACAUUCUGAACCUGGAUCCUUCAGUUGCAUUGGGAUUUUUCUGCAAAGAAGAAAAAGACUUUGAUAACUGGUGUAGCCUUGUUCAGAAGGAAAUUCUAAAGGAGAAUUUAAGGAUGUUUGAAUUGGUUCAGAAACAUCCAUCGCACUGGCCUCCCUUUAUACCUCCAGCCAAGCCAGAAGUGACAACCACUGGGGCAGAAUUCAUUGACUCUAAUGAACAGCUGGAGGAGUUGGAUCUGGAGGAAGAUUUUGAAAUUCUGAGUGUGUAGAAUCCUGGGAACUCAACUUGGAUGUCUGUCUUCCAUCUGGCACCAUAAAAACAUGAACUUAUUACAUAAAACUUUAAUAGUCAGCAAGUGCCUGAUAUGCCAAUAGCAUACAAACUCGAUCGCUUUCAUGACUGAGCCAAUCACUGUUUCUCAGAAAACAAAACAAAACAAAACAAAAUGACAGUAACCCUUUCCCAGAAAGAAAUAGAACAAUCAUGGACCUAGGAGCAGAGGGAUAAGGAGAAGUUCAUUGCUUCUCAGCUUGUCUUACAUGGCUACAGCGAGUCUUCAGCUGCUGCAAUGAGGAGAUGGAUAUCUGGAAGACAGACAGCAACUCUCAGCUUGCUUCAAGCACCAGCAGAUAAGAGAUGGUUAAGCUGGUCUUCUUCACCCUUUCAGGUGUGACCUCUUUUGGACUAAAUACUAAGAAGCAAUCUGUUCUCUUGCUCAAAUAAUAAAGUGACUGAAUCAGGGAGGAAAAGGUUCUUGUUAUAUUAUUUGAUUGUGUAGUUUAAGAAAUUAUAAUUUAUAUCAAAAUGUUUGUCAAAGAAAUGAUGUCAAAUACACACUUCUUGAUCCCCCUCCUAUUUGUGGGAAUCUUACUAUUUGAUGGGUCACUGUCCCCAUUCUUACUGAUACUUUUGUCAGAUGUCACCCUGUCCUUAAAUCAGAUCAUGAUCACUUAAAUCAGGGGGGUCAGCAAACUUUUGCUCUAAAGGGCCAGACAGUAAAUAUUUUGGGCUUUGCAGGCUAUGUGUCCUCUGUCACAUCUACUCAACUCACUCUGCUGUUGACGUGCAAAAGCAGCCAUAGACAAUAUGCAAGUAAAUGAAUGCGGCUGUAAGCCAAGAAAACUUUAUUUACAAAAACAGGUGGAGGGCUGGGUUUGGGCUACAGGCUGUAGCUUGCCAGUGACUUAAAUUGUUGAUUUUUGUUUGAGAAAUUAAAAAUAAAUUGUGUUUGAAUUAUACUCU